GGUUCAGAAUGUCGGCUUCACCCAUUGCAAGGCAGGCGACCCACACGCAGGCGAUUCCGUCCAGGAGGGUUCUCAUUACGGACCCUACGCAGAUGCCUGAUGUAUACUCGAGUACCCCUGGAGGCACCUUGUACUCCACCACGCCUGGAGGCACAAGGAUUGUCUAUGAGAGGUCCUUCAUGAUGUCAUUGAGGCAGUCCCCGAUCUCACAGACCCCACCGAAGUGUUCUUUGCCUGCGGCGCUGUUGAAAAACCACAGUUCCGUACCUCCUGUGUCUCAGCCCAGCCCAGUGCAGAAGAAUAAAGCACGCUCGAAUUCAAUCUCCUUCGACGAGUCGCAGGAAACCUUCAGUAUGGAUCUCUAAAUCUUAGUUAUAAGUACUUAUAAGUGUUUGCCGUUCUCAAAAAUACCUUAAUAGUAUGCAAUAAAAAAAAAGUUUACAAUGGCUAAAUAAACGUAUAACUAGUCUCUUAAAAAAAAGAAAAUAUCAAAUUGUCUAUAACAAUUUAGCAAAGAUUUAAAACAUAGAAUUAGUUUUUUUCAAUUCAUUUGAUUUCAGAACGUACAAUUUAGGGUCGUAUUGUGCUUUUUUAUUAAUUCAUCUUAUUAGAGUUAGAGAAGACUGCUAAAAUUGUUAUUAGUUUGGCGAGUUAAACUUUAGUGUUUAAAGCGCGACUGAACCCGCGUUAAAAACGCAAUCCUUUGCUGCAAACCAUCAAAAAUAUAAAAAAAAAUAAACAAAAUAACAUAAAUACUUUUAUACAAAAAAAAAAACAACCAAUUUUUAAUGGAAUGGAUGUGAUUGUUACUGUUCAAAUAAAAGUGGCAAAGGAUUAAUUGUAAAUAUUCUAGUUUUAGGGCGUUUGACGCACAUUACCUAAAUGCUUAGGUGUUUAGUAUUUUUAAUUAUAAUAUUUUGUAUUUUUAAGGAAGCAAGUGCCAUAAAACGGAAGUGAAUUAUGCGACUGAUUUUCUUCGUAUAUGGUAUUGCAAGAUUAUUAUUAUGUGCAAUCUCAAAUUUUUACGGCUAAUCAUUUGAGAGAAGUUAGGCAUUUUGAUAUGUUUUUCUUUGCAUGUUAUCAGAUGAUAUUACCAAUGUUAUGACAACAUAUCAAUGUACAACCUAUAACAUUACAAAAAACACAUUAU